CCAACGCAUGCGCUUUGGCGUCAAAUCAACACUUAGCCAUUUCCGACGCCACAGAAAGACAAGUUUAGUCUCAGAUCGUGGAGCAAAAAUCACCUCAAAAUGGAUCCCCAAAGCGGCGAUUCCGGCAUCGGCAGCCCUGAUCCCCAGGGAGUUCCGAAGCCCUCGGAAGGGAAGAGCAAAAAAACGGUCGAAAACCAUCUGAACGGGACUCCGAACCACGUGUCCCACAAACACUCCUCAUCCUCCUCACACAAGCAUCACCACAAGUCAUCCUCAGGCGACAAACACAAGGACCCCAACAGGCACAAGCACGGCAGCAGCGGGGAGAAGAGUAAGGACCCAAACAGACACAAACACAAGGAGCACAGCAGCUCCAAACCUAAAGAUCCAAACAAGCCCAGCAGUGGGUCAUCCAAGGACCACUCCUCCAAGCCCAAGGACGGGCACCACAGCUCAGAGAAACACAAGCACAGCUCCGAAGGUGCUGAGAAGCACAAGCAUAGCUCGGAUGGCACAGAGAAACACAAGCAUAGCUCAGAGGGGAAGGGCAAGUCCAGCAGCGGAGACAAACACAAGGAACGACACAAGGACGGCUCCUCCAAACACUCCUCCGACAAGCACAGGUCGGACAAAGUCAAGAAGGAAGGCAGCUCGUCUUCAAGUAAACCCAAGUCUUCUGGAGACGUCAAGGUGAAGACGGAGCCAGGAUUGUCGGAGAAAGGAGCCUCGCCGACCAAGCUGGUCAUCAAGAAGGAAAAAGAGGCUUCCCAGCCGGUGGUGAAUUGGGAGCCGCAGGACAGUGAUGAUGACGUCCCUCUGGCGGUACGAGCGCAGGGUGAGAAGAGAGCGCACGAGAGUGACUCCGAUGACGAACCACUCGCAGCCAGGGCUGAGAAGAAGAAAAUCAAGAAAGAGAAGCCUGCGGAGGCGGUUGCUAGGAAACGGAAGGCGGAGAGUGAUGAUGAUGACGACAAACCCAUAGCCAAGCCAAAACCCAAGAAGAAGAAGGGGAAGGAGGAAAAGGCCACGCCUGAGAAAGGCAAGAAGAAAGCCAAGAAGGAGGAACCAGAGGUCUGGAAAUGGUGGGAGGAGGGUCCUCGGGAGGAAGGUGUGAAGUGGAAGUUCCUGGAGCACAAAGGUCCCGUCUUCGCUCCGCUGUACGAACCACUGCCGGACGAUGUGCAGUUCCUGUACGAUGGCAAGGUGAUGAAGCUGAGUGAGGAGACGGAGGAGGUUGCGGGGUUCUUCGGGCGCAUGCUGGACCACGACUACACCACCAAGGACGUCUUCCGUAAGAACUUCUUCCACGACUGGCGCAAGGUCAUGACCCCCGAGGAGAGGAAGGUCAUCACGAACCUGGACAAGUGCGACUUCCGGCAGAUGGACGUUUACUACAAGCAGAAGUCGGAGGAGAGGAAACAGAUGUCCAAGGAGGAGAAACAGGAGAUAAAGAAGAAGAACGAGGCGACUGUGGAGGAGUACGGCUUCUGCAACAUCGACGGCCACAAGCAGCGCAUCGGCAACUUCAAGAUCGAGCCGCCAGGUCUGUUCCGGGGCCGCGGGGACCACCCCAAAAUGGGCAUGCUGAAGAAACGGGUCAGGCCUGAGGACGUUAUCAUCAACUGUAGCAAGGACUCGGAGUACCCGGAGGCGCCGGCAGGACACAAGUGGAAGGAGGUUCGGCACGACAACUCGGUGACGUGGCUGGCCAGCUGGUCCGAGAACAUCCAGGGCUCCAUCAAAUAUGUCAUGCUCAACGCAACAUCCAGGCUCAAGGGUGAGAAGGACUGGAUGAAGUAUGAGACAGCGCGGAAGCUGCACAAGUGCGUGGACCGGAUCCGGGCGCAGUACCGAGAGGAGUGGAAGUCCAAGGAGAUGAGGAUACGGCAGAGAGCCGUGGCUCUGUACUUCAUCGACAAGCUGGCCCUUCGAGCGGGUAACGAGAAGGAUUCUGACGAGGCUGCAGACACGGUUGGCUGCUGCUCGCUGCGGGUGGAACACAUCAACCUUCACCGCGAGCACGAAGGAAAGGAGUUCGUGGUCGAGUUUGACUUCCUGGGUAAAGACUCCAUCCGCUACCACAACUUCGUGGCUGUGGAGAAGAAGGUCUUUAAGAACUUGCAGCUGUUUAAGGAGAACAAGUCGGACGGGGACGACCUUUUCGACCGGCUGAACACGACGAUCCUGAACAAACACCUGCAGGACAUGAUGGAGGGUCUGACGGCCAAAGUGUUCAGGACCUACAACGCCUCCAACACCCUGCAGCAGCAGCUAAAGCUGCUCACCAACAGCGAGGACUCCGUUGCCGCCAAGAUCCUGUCGUACAACCGGGCGAACCGCGCCGUGGCCAUCCUCUGUAACCAUCAGCGCUCCGUCCCCAAAACCUUCGAGAAGUCCAUGAGCAACCUGCAGGCCAAGAUUGACAAGAAGAAGGAAGACAUAAAGAAGUCCAGGAAGGAGUACAAGGGCCUGAAGGCCGACUACAAGCACAAGCGGGACGCCAAGACAGCAGGGAUGUUGGAGCGAAAGAAGAAGCAGAUGGAGCGUCUGGAGGAGCAGCUCAUGAAGCUGGAGGUGCAGGCUACUGACAAGGAGGAGAACAAAGAGAUCGCUCUCGGCACCUCCAAGCUGAACUACCUGGACCCUCGCAUCUCUGUGGCCUGGUGUAAGAAGUGGGAGGUUCCAGUGGAGAAGAUCUACAACAAGACGCAGCGGGAGAAGUUUGCCUGGGCCAUCGACAUGGCUGACGAGACGUUCGAGUUCUAACAUCCAACCAGACCUUCGAGUUCUAACCCGAUUCUCAAGACUCCGAACAAGGAGGCUGCUCUCUUCUCAACAACAAGACUGUUAGACAUGAACUUUUGAAACCACCAACUCUGUACAUCUCUGUGGUUACAACUUAGAGCUUUUAUGUCAGGUGUUCCCAUAGUUACUAUAUGUCAGAUGCAGCCAUGGUUUCCCAGUGUAACCAUGGUUACAUGCAUGAUUCAGUAACCAUAGUUACUUAUGGGCCAUCCAUGGUUACAGGUAAGACACAGUAACCAUGGUUACAGAUAAGAUGCAGUAACCAUGGUUACAAGUAAUACAUUCUCGUAGUAACCAUGGUUGCAGGUAAGACACAGUAACCAUGGUUACAGUUGAGACAGUAACCAUGGUUACACGUGAGACAGUAACCAUGGUUACAGGUAAGACAGUGAGGUGAGACACAGUAACCAUGGUUACAGGUGAGACAGUUACCAUGGUUACAUGUGAGACAUGGUAACUAUGGUUACAAGGCAUCAAAUUGAAUGUAACUGAUUAUUCAGAUCUGCCCUUCUUGUCUAUCAACUUGGUAUGAAAUAUUAACUACUAAUUAGCAUAGAUUAGCAUGGAGAAGUGAUGAGUCUCCUGCAGUGGGCAGACUGUCCGACUGGGCUGUUUGUUUGUGCCUCGCGUCGACUGAUUUUACUGUGAAGUGUAGGAUAGAAGUCGUCUCUUGUUGAAUUCUAUGAAACUGGUAGAAGUCNGUACAGCAGACGGAGAGUCUGGUGAACACAUGCCUGCAACUGCUAAAACUGUGUAACCCUACUGACAUUUCUGGCUGAGUGCUGUCCUGUGAGGUUGUAACAGACUUUAGGUAGAUAACCACACCUUGCCUUCCCCUGACAGUCAGCCUGCAACACACCUGUCUGUCCCUGAGCCAGUAGCUACUGUGGCACCAAACUCUGGUCAGAUGGUGUUAUAGUAAGAUUUCUUCAUUACUUUAGAACCAUGUUGUUAAUGUAAUGGGUUGAGUUAGUGACUGACCGGCCAAACCUCAGCAGGUCGUACCAAAUGGAACACGCGUACUGUUUAAGUGUUGCUGCUGGGACAUGCUUCACCAGUAGUUCUCAGAGUGCAUCGUGACAUGUUGCUUUUCCCCUAAUGUUUUUCCUGUAGGCAUAUAGACUGUAAACGUUGCCAACAUGUACAGGGAUCAACUAAUACUAGUACCUGCUGCUGAGGCCACCAAAGCCUGCUCUUUAGCUGUACCAUUUUUGUUCUCCCCACCGUGGAAAGUAGAAUAUUCUCAAUGAACUUGCCGACAAUUUGCUGCUGUACUAAAUGUACAACGUAGCAAACCGAGUUUUUCUGUACCUGCAGGAAGUGGUUUAGUGUGAAGGACUGGUUAGACCGUUAGUACUAGUCUGUGUCUCAAACGUAGGGAUUUUUAUUUGCUGCAGAAGCCUUUGUAUAGGAGACUGCUGCUAGUCUUGUGGCCACACCAAAGAUUUUCCCAACUUCUCGUCUCAACAGAAAUGAAUCGAUAUUGUGCUGAGGGCAGCUACAGGGCAGGGGGCAGCCUUGUGGACAGUUCUGGGUUUUACUCUUCACAAGGCUGCCCCCCUCCCCCAUGGAGCUGCCUGUACAAGCCUUGAUUACUCAGACACUAUAUCAGCUGCAAGUCCUUUUUUUAAUCAGAUUAUGAUUGGUGUGGCCUGUCUUUUAAUUUGAGUGUUUUAAUCUGGUGUAGCUGUGAGAAAUGGUCCAUGAGAGCUGGAGUGAUGUUAGUCUUUAGAUAAAUGGGUUCUGUUGCUGUACAGUUCUUCAUUCUGCUGACUUGGCCAGAGAAGCUGCGGGCAGGGCGCUGACCUGGAAUAACCCCAACCUAAAAACAUCCCUCGCCCUGCCUGCUGUUUCAGGUGGCCCAGGAAACCAUAGCAACCGUGCAUCUUCAUAGGUAACCAUAGUAACAGCAUUCUGUGUCAUAUAGCUGGUGACCAUAGUAAUGACAUACCUCCAGAUAUACAACACGUAACUGUGGAAGACUUCACACCAGUUUUUUUUCUAAUAAAUACGGACCAACUAGAAGUCUU